AAUCUUCACAUGUUGACAGAUCUGUAUCUGCUGAUGAUUGUGAUCUCAAUGUUAAAUUAUUGAUUGAGAGGUGGGAGGAAGUGAUAAUGAAGAAAUUAUCUAUAUUAUAUGUGACUGAGACUUCUGCAUCUUUCUCUACUCUUUUUGUUUCUUUCUCUGUCACUCUCUCUCAAUCUUCUACACCUGUCUCUGUGUCUGAUUCUCCUGCUCUUACUAUCUCUGUUCUCUUGAUCUCUACUUUCACUACUUCUGCUCUCUCUGAUUCUGCUGUCUCUGCUUUUAUUAUCAGCUCUCUCUGUUUCAAGAAGAUGUUGUGUAGACUUAAUAAACUAUGUUUCUCAAGAAUUAUCUCUCUUCUUAACAGUGUUGAGAUUGUGAAGAAUAUCUAUGUUUUUGAAAACAGAAAUGUGAAUAUUAUACUCUUUUAUACUUAUAGAUAUGAGGCUU